AUGACAGCCUGUAUCCGUACUGCUACAUUGUUCAUCACAUUUGAUAAUAAUUCCGGUGGAUAUGUUUUGGAAUUCUCUUUGGAUGUUGCCCUUAAGUUGUUCUCGGUCUUUUUGCUUGGAAUGAGCAUUAAAACACUCCUUCAAAUAGCCACAUAUAUGAUGAAUGACACAGUAGGACCAACAUACACAUUUAGAUCACAUAUUAACACAGGUCAAACGUCAUACAUCGAUCACAUCGCUAUAUCACAUGAAUUAGUGGGUAAUGUAACAUACUGUGAAGUGUUUGAGGAUUCUCCAGACUUGUCAUCCGAUCAUCUUGUUAUUCUAUCAAAACUUGAUUUAUAUAAUAUUGUACCCAUUGUGCGUGCCAAACCCCCCAGUGAGCAGUUUGCUUGGAACAAGCUGUCCGAUGACGAGAUUACGUCCUUUUACACGACGAGACUUGAACGUAACAUUGAACCUUUACUUACACAAGGGCGACAUCUUUUAAAAACCAAUGAUAUCAGGAAUGAACAAAUUGACAGUUUUAGUGAAUCAUUAGUGGAUACGAUUAUCAAAUCUUCCUGUGAUGUGCCUAUCAAGAAAUUCCGGAAGCAUCAGAAAUCUUUCUGGAAUCCUAAUCUGUCACAUCUGGUAAAAACCAAGAAUGUCGCAUGGCGCACAUGGGUGAGUGAAGGGCGCCCACGUCAGUCAGACAAUGAGGUACUUUUGUGUUAUAAGGCUGCUAACAAAGCCUUUAAGAAGGCUUACUCUCAGGCGCAACGCGAUUUUGAACAAAAAGAGCUGGACAAACUACAAGACGACGCCAUAGAUCAACGACUUUAUUGGCAUCUGGUCUCUAGGAGUCGGGGAACUAAAUCACAAAGGAUUAACUCUAUACGGGAUGAGGAUGGUGUAAUUUUAUCGGACCCAUCUGAAAUUCGCAAUGCGUGGAUGAAGCAUUUCUCAAAACUAGCUACACCUGGAAAAUCCCCACAUUUUAACGAACAAUUCCACGAUUACAUCCAACGGCGGGUGACUUCAUUGAGGACAGAAUCGAUGCCGAACAAAGACGGGAUUCUUGAUACGCCAAUCACUGAGGACGAAACUAAUGAUGCUCUAAGGCUCUUAACACAAAUCGUGCGAGCGGAUGCGAUAAAAUCUCAGCUGAACACCUAA